GCUGCACUCUCUCAGUGAAACUCUCCGAGAUCGUUCCUGUGUCUAUCCUGUGACCUCUUACUUUUCAACGCGUACACCAUGAGGAUUAUAAUCCUGGUAAUCCCGCUAUGCCUUCUGCUGUUAACGGAAGCAAAACGAGCGGAGAUCCGUCCGCGUGUCGCGGAACCGCAAGUAUAUUACGAAGAGGACGACAGCCAAGCGGCUGAAGACGAUUACAGCUCGCCGGUCUACCAAACACGUACACGUGCCCUUCAUUCACCGCGUUCGAAGGACGCCCUGCACUCAUCAAGACCGCCACCAGUCCAGACGAUUCGUAAUUACAACAAAGUAAACGACGACGGAUCUUUCACUUUCGGCUACGAAGCAGCUGACGGAUCAUUCAAAGAGGAGACCCGCGGAACCGACUGCGUAGUGCGCGGCAAGUACGGCUACGUAGACCCCGACGGCAACAAAAGAGAGUUCACUUAUGUCUCCGGUAAUCCCUGCGACCCGAACGCGCCGAAAGACGAGGACGAUCUCGCCGACGAGCAAAAGGAAGACGAGCUCUCCGGGCCGGCGAAUUAUCCUUCGGUGAGACCGGUGCCAAGGCCCGUGAGACCAUCCUAUCAACAAUCCACCACUCGGGCACCUACCACGAUCUUCCAAUCGCACUAUAAAUUAGACGACGACGCGAGCCAAGAAUUGGGCGAUGAAGACGUGGUGAGACCCUCGCAGCUACGAGAAAAUGGUUACAGAGGACAGCAGCCGAGUUACGUGCCAGUAACACCGUCAACGGCUCUGUACGAACCGUCGCCUACGGCCAGUCCAGCUCUGUACAGAAUAGCGUCCUCGACUACGCAGUAUCAGAGCACGGCGUCGCCGAUUCUUCGCAGCCAACCUACGGUGUCCUCCACGGCUUAUCAGACCCACGAAACGACCACCCGACGUCCGGUAACCCGUCACCCGAGGCCGCAAUCGGUCGCGAUCACACCCAGACCCCACGUAGCCCAGGUAGCCGCUCAGUACGUGUCCCCAAGCAGCACGGAACGCGCUGCGCUGUCCUACACUCGAGCUCCCUCCUCUGCAGCCACGGUAUCGUCUAAUUCCCGCACUACACCGGCAUCGGCCGCGGCUCACCUCGACUUUGCUGCCGAGCUCGAGCGUUACGUGAACACGGUCAGCGUGGCGCCAACGCCUAAACCCCAAGCGCAAGCAUCGAAAGUAAAAUUAUCGAGUCAAAGCGCAGGUAUCGGAGCACCCGCCGCGGACCCUAUCUACCAAUCGGAGCUAAUUUACGACCCCUCAACCGGUCAGUACAAUACCCAACUAUAUCAAACGCUACCCCAAACCGUGGGUGACUUCACCCUAAGUCACAAACUGCAACCAUUCGUAGCCCAGCCCCAGUCCUAUUAUGGACUGCAGCAGUUGCAGCAGAUCCAGCCCCAACAGCCACAGCGUCAGUCCCCGCUUUAUAAGGCCACCCAACAAUCCCAGACUGCACCCGCGCCCGCCGCACAACCCCAGGAGGUCCUUUACAGAAAGCAGCAGUCGCAACUGUUGCAGCAAUCGCAACAGCUUUACGCUCAGCAGCAGCGACGUCAACAGCAGCAGCAGCAGCAGCAGCAACCCUUGCAGUCGCAGAGGUUGCAGUUCCUCGAGUCGCAACCUCAAUCCUUUUACUACGUAGCACCCGCGAGGUCCUCGAACGCUGCCAGCGCACCUCUCUCCGCGGGACAGAUCGAUCAGUAUCUUCGAGCGAACGCUGGUCGUUAUUGAUAAUAUUCUACCAUUCUACCGUUUAUCGCAGCGCGUUUCGUACGAUAGGAAUAAGGUAUCCCUUACGAAUUUUUUAUACUAUACCAUUAUGUAUCAUAUCAGUAGCCAGUUUACGCGAGAUGGUGCUGUCAGUGGGCCUGGCGCGAGUAUCUGGGAUCGAAUAUAAUUUCGCUAAAUGAAUUCAUUCAAGGUUGUCGAGGAGGCCUGUUGACUGGGCAAUGUUGCUUUUGUAAUGGAUGCGGUAUUCGUUUAUUUCCUUUGUACAACUUGGCAUAAUUUUGAUAAUUUAUUGAUCUUUAAGAAUGUCGAUGUUACCCAUGAAAUUGGCCAAAAAUUGAUGGCCCAUUUUUUGUACCUGUAUUAGAAUAUUUUUGGAUCGUCAAGUGUUCCUUUCAUGGAGAGACGAGAAUUCUACUGCUCUCUGAUUAUUAUUUUAUGAGAUUAUGUUGACGUUUAAUAAUUUGAACGUUAGAAGGAUGAGAGAAAAAUCGGCGACACACAGCUAUUGCAUUUAUAUAUUUGUUCUUGUUGAAGAUAUUGCUUUUGCCUGUGUUUUAAUAUUUGUCUUUAGAAAUAAUUGUUAACACUUGUUCCUGUCUUCCACUCAUACAUACACGAUAAAUCUUUCCAUGCAGAUAAUAAUUACUGCGCUUCUCUUGUUAACUUGUGAAUUGUUGUAAAUCACUUUGUAAGUUAAGUUAAACAUACAUUAAAAUACGGUAAGUAUCUCAGUGAAUCCUGUGUAAAAUUUACUCAAAAACAUAAAUCUUAUCAGUUCUGGAUGAAAUUAAUACCAGUGCGCCUUAGGUUGAAUCCUUCUCUCUCCAAAAUGUACUGGACAACCGAAAAAUAUUCUAAUACAGGCUUGAAAACCCAUAUUUUACACUGUUUUUGUUGUGUUAUUGGUAAAACAAAAGAAAAAAACGUGAAAAAUUUAGCGACAAAUAUUCGAAAAGUCACGUGACUAUCGUAGCCUCUUAAUAUAAUUUCUUUGUUGCAUGAUAUUUGAUAUUUAGUAGCCUAGAAAAAUAAUCUGUGCAUGACAGACACAAUAAGGCUUCAAGUAUUAACCAUAAAGCUGCAUAAACAUAAUUACGACAAUAUCGACCAAAGUACAAUUAUUGACACUGUGAUAGAACUAACUCACAAAAUCGUAUUAUAAUAUUUAAACUGCACAAAAGUGCAAGUUUUCGGUGUUCUCGGUGUCCACCGUUUACAAAACAACGAAACAAUUAAAAGUACAUACCGAGCAAUUAUACCAGUUUAUACUAACUACAUGUGUCAAACUUUCAAACAAGUUCAAGUUCAUUCCCAUUUCGCUAAUAUCCAGGAGAAAGCCAGUUCGUUAAUUAUUAUAUGUCAGUAAAAAACCACUCGAACUUUUUCCGGUACCUAAUAUAUUCUAUACAAUUUUUUUAUUAAUAGUAGUCUAAUGAUAGCUUCGAAAUAUCAAGAUCGUUCUUCUCUUUAAAAAACGACGACUUGUCGAAUAAUGAAAUUUCAUAAGCAAUAACUAGAUCGGCUUCGAAAGCAUUUUUUUCCUCAUUGUCAGAUCGGUUCACGAACGAGCUAUCGUUAGAGAGUGAAAGUCAAUGACCUGACGCAAUACUCACGCAUACCAUACCGCGAUACGUUACCGCAGCAAUUUCUCGUCGCGUUCACGUUCACAGUAACAUGCUAUACCGCACAGAUUCUACGCGGCGAACGGAAUAUUCAUCAGCGUUUGCGCACGAUCCCGACGAACGUGCUCGUUUACUGAUUCGAUUACAAAACCCGGAUAGAUCCUUUAAUCGCGUCAAGACAAUGUUUCCCAGAGAAAUGAUUCAUAGGAGACACAGGACAUACAGAAUCCAAUUGAUCCGCGAUUUACAGAGAGCAUAUCAGUAAAAAGUAUCAAAUAUAAUUUUUUAAUGAUUCAAUCAGAGCUGUUUUUUCACACAAAAAUAUUCUUUUUAAUGAUUUAAUUAAAACAAAUUCUGUACGAAUUCAUUAAAUGAAUUUUGACAAAUUAAAAUAUGUCCCUGUCAAGUUGUUUAAUGAUAUCAAUCAUCAUAGGAUAAUCAUAAAUGACACUUUUUACUGAUUCACUCUGUACAUGCAUGUUGCUUAUGAAUGAAGAGUACUACUAUUUCUGGCUGCUUUCCGUAGUAAGUUAAUAAGUAGACUGCGAAUUUUAUAUAUUUAUAACACAGUUUGAAUUAUUUUUUAUCACAGAUAAAUUAAAUCAUGACUUUUUUAUUUUCAGCUCGUAAAGAUCAAAAAUUAUUUUUGAAUGAAAAAAAUGUUUAGAAGUUGAAAAUAAGUCUUAUUACUUAAGACAUAUUUUGUUCGCUCAAAAUGUUGCAUCUUGUUUCUGACUGAACAUUAGGAAUUUAUAAUUGGUUUCAUUAGAUUCAGUAAAAUCUCCCAUUUGCUUAGAUUGUUCUCUACAUUACUUAAAUACUGACCUUGUGACUUUUUGACAUUUCUUGUCAUUAGUUGUUGAUUAUUUAAUCUUUGAUUUUUACUUUUAUUUAAAAACCGAUUUUUAUUUUGUCGAUAAAAAAUACUGUUGUUUCUUGAUUUCGUUCUCAAAUUCAUUUCCUGAUUUAUAGAAACAUUUGAUAUGCACGACAUAUCAUUAUGUUGCGUCUUACUGCCCAUAAAAAUGUCCAUUCAUUCAGACGAAUGAAUCAUACAAUAGUUUAUUCAUCGUUAUUUUUUAUGGAUAAAAUAGAUUUGAUUUAGACAUGAAAAAAGGAAAAAUUCGCAGUCUAGAAAACUGUUUUAGAUUUUUCAGUUAUUCGCUAGAGAAUAAAUAGAAGCAAUCUAAAUAUUACUUGGAAUGCGACUUUCACCACAACUGGCAUGCUAUCAUGCCAUUUUGGUCGGCACCUGCGGUUAGCGUGAUUCAAUUCCUAAAUUAUCAGCCUGCUGGACAGAACACGGGCCGCCUAAAUCGGAAGCAAAAUCGACUUUUGCAACAGUUACGACAAAUGCAAGCCUGCCCCAAGAUUAGCCUCGCUAUGGGUAACCGUAACGCAAUACACUUUCAUUGGCGUGGUCCGCAAAGACAUUCUAUUCAGCCCGAACUUUCUAUUUGCAUUCCGGUGUAUCGCAAGUGUGAGAAUCGAUUCAAAUCUAACGCGUCCCGCUGGCUCAAAACCAACUACAGAUAUGCGACGGUGGAAACAUGGAGUGCGAGAGAUUAAAAGGCGUGGAACCUUUCGUCGCGUCAAUUGUAAGAGAUUUCACACGCACUGAUAAGUUCACCCAUGUUCGGAUAACUCAUUUCCGAUUCAGGAUACGCAAGGAUAAAUUGCCGUGCCUUCGCGCAGACACGCGUCAUUCUAAUAUGAUUUAUAAAUCUGUUCCCAUACAAAUAUUAGAAUGUUUACGAGCUAAUUAAUUGACUAAUGGAAUUACUAAAAGGAGAGCAAUUAAUGGGAGAAUAAAAUUUAAUAUUAGAUUCUUAUUUAGAUAAAUGAGGAGUCACGUGAACUUGUCACAAUUUGUCUACGUGUAUGUUCAUUUAGGACCCAACAAUUAUGUAUUCGUGCACGUUUUUUAUUAAAAUUUAGACAGAGUACAUCCGGAAGAAUAAUACUUAAUAUCUUAUAACUAUUGAAAAGACGAAUUCAAUGAUCACUUAUAAAUCAUAUAUGAAUUGUUAGAACAUGCGAAUUCCACGUAAUCUCAGAUACCCGAUGCCAGGUAUGCGAUUGUCAAGCUCGUUGAUUAUAUUUAUUAGCGGUAAGCCUGAUUGGAGAAUAAAGCGAAAAAUAGGAUUUCGUAAUGGAUACUAGAGUAGAAAAGAUAAUAGGAAAGAGGCGUUUCAGAAGAACGAACGCAGAUCUAGCGCAAUUACGCAAUGAUUGUACUUAUACUUCUAGCUUUUUCUUAUGUAUGUCAGUGGUACCGUGCAGGUAUGUCGAUAUGCACUUUGUCUACUAUGUAAAUAUUAUCUCUCGUUAGCAUUUAAUAUAUUAUAAAUAUAUAAUAUUUCUACGUAUCAGUACUCAGUACUAUUUUAUUGGUAAGGAACACACGUCUCUUACGUUCAUAGUUGUUUUUUUUAUUAUUUGUAAACGUGAUAUGAAAAUGUAUUGUAAUGAAACAUAUUUCAGUCUUA